AUGACCAUCGCGCCUUCCCCUUCUUCUACUUCUACUCCUGCCCUGCCUGGUUUCCCCCUCCCUCAGAAUUUCCUCCCUCAGAAUGUCUCCAGUCGCCUCAUCUCAACUCCCGAUCUGACUUUCCACAUUCUCGAAUCGGGCGCCACUCCCGCCAAAGAUCGCCCCUUAGUUAUCCUCCUGCAUGGAUUUCCUGAAAUUGCAUACUCCUGGCGACGCAUCCUCCCAAAACUAGCUGAUGCAGGCUAUCAUGCCGUUGCCCCAGAUCAGCGCGGCUUCGGCCGCACAACGGGCUGGGACACUCGACCUUUCCAAGAAGUCGAACUGCAUAGCUUCUCAUUAACCAAUCUCGUCCGUGACAUCAUCAUACUAGUCCACGCACUAGGAUAUCGAUCAGUUCAAUGUGUAGUGGGUCAUGAUUGUGGCGCGAUAACAGCCUCAAUGGCUGCCUUGAUGCGACCGGAUUUCUUUCGUAGUGUCGUUUUAAUGAGUCACCCCUUUAAUGGGAGUCCGACGCUUCCCUUUGACACUGCUAAUGAAGGUAAUGGUACUGGUACUGGGAGCUUGGAAAAACAAGCGACGCUCGCUGAACAGGGAGGGGGCGGUGGUGCCGAGGGUUCUGCAGCUGCGUCGGGCAUCCAUGAAGCACUGGCUCAAAGUGGUCGCAAACAUUACAAAUGGUAUUAUUCAACUGAAGAAGCUAAUUCGGAUAUGUCAUCGCUUGCAUUGGAAGAUCUGCACCGAUUCAUGCGUGGAUAUUUCCAUCUGAAGAGUGCGUCGUGGCCUGGAAAUCAACCACGGCCACUGAAGGGUUGGACAGCAGAGGAAGUCAUGCAGAUGCCUUAUUAUUACAUUAUGCCGCUUGAUGAUACUAUGCCGCAGGCUGUAGAGAAGCAUAUGGUCGGUGAUCCAUCCCAAGGAAAGUCUUCAUAUUCAUGGCUGCCGGAGGAUGAACUGGCUGUUUAUGUGGCUGAGUAUGCUCGGACGGGCUUCCAAGGUGGUUUGAAUUGGUAUCGUGUUCGCACGGCUGCGGGUGGGAUUUACACUAAGGAUUAUGAUCUUUUUGCUGGGAAGAAGAUUGAAACGCCUUGUUCGUUUAUCUCGGGGGGUAAAGAUUGGGGGACGUAUCAGGAACCCGGUGCUUUGGAGAAGAUGACUAGUGGUGCUGUUUGCUCUGAUUUCCGGACCCUCAAGGUUCUUGAUGGUGUUGGACACUGGAUUCCCCAGGAGGCUCCAGAUGAGGUCGUGCAGACUGUCAUUGACUUGACGAAGGGGUUAGCGUAG